AUGCUUGGUGCUGUUCGCCGGUUUGGCGUUUGUCAUGCGCUGCGGGCCUCUAGCACGCGGACGCUGUCUACUCGAUGGGCUUCUCACUUGCCCAAAUGGCAGAUUCCAACGGAUCAGACUCCUGCCCUUGCGAAGUCAUUCCACGUCUCUUUUCCUGCGUUCAAUGCUGCUUCGGCGCAGGUAGCCGAGACUCAAGAGGGCUUGCAGCCUGAGUCUGAAUUCGUCACAGAAUUCGAGGAUCUGAAGACGAAAGGUCUGAUUGAUCCGACCAUCAUCCGCAACAUUACACAACCAAGCCGCAUGGGUCUCUCAAUUAUGACUGAUGUGCAGAGUCAGACAAUCAAUCAAAUGCUUGCUGGUGUUGACGUUCUGGCCCAAGCGAAGACCGGAACUGGUAAAACCCUUGCUUUCCUCAUCCCGACCAUGCAAAAUAUUCUCAGCGACCCCUCUUUAAAGCGAUCUGCGCCCCAAGAACGUCAGCAUGGACGCCACCAGGGACGUAAUCGUUCAUCUGGUGCUGGUUCUUCUGACAUUCGCGCCUUGAUCAUUUCCCCUACUCGCGAACUCGCAGAGCAGAUUGCUGCCGAGGCAAUCAAGGUUGCCCAGGGCACUGGGCUUGUUGUGCAGACUGCUGUUGGUGGAACUCACAAGCGAUCUGGCUUGAUGCGAAUUCAGCGUGACGGCUGCCACCUUCUUGUUGGUACCCCUGGCCGCAUCAAGGAUAUUCUCUCUGACCCCUCCAGCGGUGUUUCAGCCCCCAAGCUCAACACACUGAUUCUGGAUGAGGCAGACAGACUUCUUGACCAGGGGUUCUCACAGGAGAUUAAUGAAAUUAAGGAUCUCCUUCCAGACCCGUUCAAGGUGGACCGUCAGACGCUCAUGCUUUCGGCUACUGUGCCCAAGGAGGUGAUGACCAUGGUGAAGCGCACCAUGAAGCCGGACUUCAAGUUCAUCAGGACUGUGCGUGACGACGAGGUGCCCACUCACAUGCGUGUGCCUCAGAAGACUGUGUUUGUGAACGGUUAUGAGAACGCUCUUCCUGCAAUCCUCGAGUUGGCCAAGACCUAUCAGGCUCGCCAGGCUGAGGACAAUACUUUGCGUCCUUUCAAGGCUAUCGUGUACUUCAACUCCACGAACGAGGUCAACCUCGCCGCCGAAGUGUUCAUGGCCCUUCGCGGUGUUCCCGGUGACGGGCGGAGCCAGUCUCCCCUCGGUCGCAUGCGCAUUCUCCAGAUUCAUUCGCGACUUACUCAGGCUGCUCGCACGAACAGCGCCAACAACUUCCGCCGAGCGCAGGAGGCCAUUCUCUUCUCGUCUGAUGUCACCGCUCGUGGGAUGGAUUUCCCAGAAGUCACCCAUGUCCUUCAGGUUGGUCCUCCCCGUGAUCGCGAGACAUACAUUCACCGUAUUGGUCGUACUGGUCGGGCUGGUAAAGAGGGUGAGGGCUAUCUGUUCGUGCACGAUGGAGAGUAUGAGUACUACCAGCAGAAGCUGGGCAAGUUGCCCAUCACCGAGGACAACACCAUCUCCACAGCCACGCUGAACAUGACCCGAGAUCUCGAGACCGCUUCCCCUUAUGCCAAGGAGACGAUCGAGCAAAUCCAAGAGGCUAUGAAGGAGGUUUCUCCCAUCAUGAAGGAGAGCACAUACCGAUCCCAGCUGGGAACAAUGACUCAGAGCUUUACCAAGCGACGCAACGCUAUCAUCGCUCUGAACAACCUCGCUAUCCACGGUUACGGCUUGGCCGAGCCCCCAUCGGUCAAGGCCAGCAUUGCUCGCAACCUCGGCCUUGACCGCAUCAAGGAGCUGAACAUUGAAGAGGGCUCUUAUACCCGCCGCGCAGUUGAUCCCUACGACAGCGGUCGUCGUGAGCGCGGCUUUGGCGGCUCUUCCUUUGGUGAGCGUGGAUCUGGUCGCGGCCGCUCCAGCUACGGUCGCUCCGGUGGUUACGGGGAGUCGCGCUCCUCGAACCGUGGCAGUGGCAGCGGUGGCCUCUACGGAGCUCGUUCCCGCUACUGA